GUCAAAACCUCAAUUACUUGAUUUUCAUAUGGAAUUUGCUUGCGGUACAUGUUGGAAAACAUGGUCUUCGUGGCGAUCUCGUGACCAGCAUGUAUCAGACACUUCACAUGAAGUCCCAGACUUUGAAUGUGAGACCUGCGACCGCUACUUCAACGACAAGCAUGCUGUUGAGCAGCAUAUGAGUGCACUGAAUCACUGGGCCGAUUCGCCAUCGGAAGAGUCAGAUUACUCCAGCUACAUUUGCGAGUUCGAUUUUUGUGACGAGGAACUUGACACUGCAGAUGAUCUAAGGAACCAUGAGAUUAAUGAUCAUUUGUACUGCGAUCCAUGCGAUCGGUCUUUUAAAGAUCUUAACAGUAUCAAGAUGCACCUCCGAAGUAGGGUACACCAAGGAGAAACUCAACAAUGCCCCUUCUGCGGCCAAUCAUACGUGACUGCCGCCGGUGUGUUCCAACAUCUCGAGAACAAAGGCUGCUCUAAAGCUCCUUUAAACAGGGCAAUGGUCUACGAAGCUGUCAGAAGCCGGGAUCCCAACGGCACACUAACCAAGAAACUGCUCGACUGGUCCAAGUCCAUCCGUUUUGAGGCCACUGAGAGAUCCCUGAAUGCAGUCACAGGAGCCUUCGACUGCUCUCUUCACUUGGAGAGUGAGCAAUGCGGUUUCAUGCGCUUCGAAGAUGUUCAAGAGGUCGUAAGUCGAAUUUUCGAUCCCGGUCGCAUGAUUGCGUUUUAG